UGCUCGGUCCGCUGUACGGGGAAGAGAGGAGAUGCCCGUGAAAAAAAAACGCAAAUCUUCGGGCCAGACGAGCGACGAAUCGGGCCUCAAGAAAUGUAAAAUCAGCAGUUAUUGCAGGUCACCAGCUUCCAAUAAAGUAAUAAGUGGUGAGGAGCAUUUUUCAAGCAAGAAGUGCCUGGCUUGGUUUUAUGAAUAUGCAGGUGAUGAUGAAGUUGUAGGACCUGAAGGAAUGGAAAAAUUCUGUGAAGAUAUUGGUGUUGAACCUGAAAACAUUAUUAUGCUAGUUUUAGCCUGGAAAUUAGAGGCUGAAAGUAUGGGAUUUUUUACAAAAGAAGAGUGGCUAAAAGGGAUGACCUCAUUACAAUGUGACUGUACAGAAAAGCUACAAAGUAAAUUUGAUUUUUUGCGAUCCCAAUUGAAUGACAUUUCAACAUUUAAGAAUAUCUACAGAUAUGCAUUUGACUUUGCAAGGGAUAAAGAUCAGCGAAGUCUUGAUAUUGACACAGCAAAAUCUAUGUUAGCACUUCUUCUUGGAAGGACAUGGCCACUGUUUUCAGUGUUUUAUCAAUACUUGGAGCAGUCAAAAUACAAAGUAAUUAACAAAGAUCAGUGGUACAAUGUGUUAGAAUUCAGUAGAACUGUCCAUGCAGAUCUUAGUAACUACGAUGAAGAUGGGGCAUGGCCUGUUCUUCUUGAUGAAUUCGUGGAAUGGCAAAAAGAUCGCCAAGCAUCAUAGCAAGAGCAGCUGUGAAGAGAACGCUGGAUCUUGUGAUGCCCAGUCUAUAAACACUGAUUCAAAACCAAGGAUUGCGUUCACAUCCUUAUGAACUUUAGUCAUUUUUUUUCCUUUUAUUUUUAAAGGAAGCCUUGUUACACAUGAAACGGGCAUUGAACCACACACUUCUGAGACUGAA